AUGACGAGAUUGUGGAUAUUUGUGACCUUUGCGGUUGUUGGUGUGUGUGCUGAUGCAACUUCCUUCCAACGCGCCGUCAGCGAUGGGUGCUCUGUAUGUAAAUGUCAUAACGUUACUGCGGAUUGUAGAAACCUGAAGCUACAAAAUAUCCCAACCCUGCGCAGCAACAUCACACAUGUCUUGCUGUCAUGGAACAAUUUCACACACGUUACAAGUGAUUUAUUUUCGAACAUUAAAGCGCUGAACAUUACAAGCAUUAAACUUGAUCACUGUAACAUAACGAGUCUGUCCAAUAAUUCAUUCAGGGAUUUGCAUUGGUUAAGUCACUUGAACGUCAAUGGGAACAGAAAGCUACGUUUAGAGGAACUGCUAGCGGCUUUGGAGAUGACAAAUAUAACAAAAUUAAAUAUGGACUGUAUGAACUAUAUGGACAUAAAAUGGAUGUACCCACAUGUGUCUCCUCUCAGAAACAUACGUCACGUAACUCUCAGGUCCAAUAUAAUCGAAAAGUUCAAUGCUUCUUUUUUUAGCCACGUGUUUCCGUUUCUUCAAAGUCUAGACCUGACAAACAAUAGCCUCGAAACGUUUCCAUUCGCUGAAAAUUUAAGUCACAUUGAACUCGUUAACUUGUCCGAUAAUAGAAUUGAGUCAAAUGGACUAAAAUUCUGUGGGAACUUCUCAAACAAAUUGCGGAUUCUGGAUCUCUCUUGGAAUUACCUGUCUGACAUUUCAAUUUUCCUCUCAGAAGGCCAUUGUCUUUCUCAAUUGGAGGACUUAAUUUUGAGUAAUAACUAUCACAUUUUCAAAAUUCCAGAUAAUGUCUUUUCUCGGCUUCCAAAAAUUAGUAAAAUCUUACUUAAAUACGUAAGUGAGAGAGUGGAUAUUGGUCCACAUGCCUUUAACGCUUCCACGCUGCAUGAACUUCGUCUUACUACAAGUGAAAAAUUACAUCUUCGAAGCGAACAUAUCAAAAUGUUCAAACAAAGUCCCAAUAUACAGACGAUACAUUUCACCAAUGUCAUUUUCAAGAAUGUAUCCGAACAUCUUUCGGACAUGUUCUCCCAUUUAGUCAAUAUGAGAGACUUCAAAAUCAAAUAUGGCAUGGUCGAUAAUAUUUCCUUUCUUUCAACAAUGACAAAUUUGACAAUACUUCAGCUGCAAGGUAAUUAUAUAAAAAGAUGGGAUUCCGAAAUUUUCACGAAUUUACCUUUAAAAGAAAUAAUUUUAUCGGGAAACCAAAUUGCAGUGUUUAAUGAAACCUCUUUUCCAAUGCAUAUCUGGAACAAUUUGAGAUAUUUCUCUGCUUCAAAUAACCCAUUCCAAUGCACGUGCGACUUUUUGUGGUUUAGAGACUGGCUAGCAGAAAACCACGAAAAACUCAGUAAGCAUUAUCCAAAGUUAUAUGAGUGUUUGUACCCGGAUGAAUGGAAGGAAAAGACCGUGGACCAAUAUGAACCUGACAAACACGAAUGUAAUCCCCCUGUUCGAGCCCAGGAUGUUAUCGGGGUUGGAUUAGGCUGUUUAGCGGCAGUGCUCCUGCUACUAGCAUUUAUCGUGUACAAAGGACGUUAUCAUAUAAAACACAGAAUGCUACUUGUUCGCUCCUUACAACCAUACGACCAUCUUCCAGACGGCGAAGAAUUUGUGUAUGAUGCGUUCGUUGCACAUCACAUUGACAAUAGACUCUGGGUAAUUAAUCAUCUACUUCCGUUCCUAGAGAAACAGCGGAAGCUUCGUCUUUGCCUCCAUGAGAGGGAUUUUCUUCCGGGUAAUUUCAUUGCAGAUAAUAUUACAAACAACAUGAAAGUGAGUCGGAAAGUGAUACUGGUUUUCUCACGUGACUUUGUUAAAAGUGAGUGGUGUCAAUUUGAGGCGACGACGGCCUACCAGAGGGUGAUAGCAGAAGGUACAGCGUCAGUUGUAAUCGUCAUGUUGGAAGACAUCAGCCAUCAACCUAACCAUGAUACUAUUCAGAGCCUUAUACAUGCCGUUACCUAUAUCGAGUGGAAAAAUGAUAAGAGUACUCGGCCGGAAUUCUUUCAGAAACUUUUAGAUGCACUUCAGUGA